AUGUCCAGUCUAAUAGCAGGUCGAUUUCCAGCACAGAGAACACCUGGACAAUUUCAUGUACAAGGAAGACCAGUGCAAUUUCCUGCGCAAGGAACACCUGGGCGAUUUCCAGCACAAGAACCAUCAAGGCGAUUCCGUGCACAAGGAACACAUGGGCGAUUCCAUGUACAAGGAACACCAGGGAGAUUUCCUUCUCAAGGAACACUUGGGCGAUUCCAUGUACAAGGAACACCAGGGAGAUUUCCUGCGCAAGGAACACUUGGGCGAUUCCAUGUACAAGGAACACCAGGGAGUUUUCCUUCUCAAGGAACACUUGGGCGAUUCCAUGUACUAGGAACACCAGGGUGUUUUCCUUCUCAAGGAACACUUGGGCGAUUCCAUGUACUAAGAACACCAGGGUGUUUUCCUUCUCAAGGAACACUUGGGCGAUUCCAUGUACAAGGAACACCAGGGAGAUUUCCUGCGCAAGGAACACUUGGGCGAUUCCAUGUACAAGGAACACCAGGGAGAUUUCCUUCUCAAGGAACACUUGGGCGAUUCCAUGUACAAGGAACACCAGGGAGAUUUCCUUCUCAAGGAACACUUGGGCGAUUCCAUGUACAAGGAACACCAGGGAGAUUUCCUGCGCAAGGAACACUUGGGCGAUUCCAUGUACUAGGAACACCAGGGUGUUUUCCUUCUCAAGGAACACUUGGGCGAUUCCAUGUACUAGGAACACCAGGGUGUUUUCCUUCUCAAGGAACACUUGGGCGAUUCCAUGUACAAGGAACACCAGGGAGAUUUCCUGCGCAAGGAACACUUGGGCGAUUCCAUGUACAAGGAACACCAGGGAGAUUUCCUUCUCAAGGAACACUUGGGCGAUUCCAUGUACAAGGAACACCAGGGAGAUUUCCUGCGCAAGGAACACUUGGGCGAUUCCAUGUACAAGGAACACCAGGGCGUUUUCCUGCGCAAGGAACACUUGGGCGAUUCCAUGUACAAGGAACACCAGGGAGAUUUCCUGCGCAAGGAACACUUGGGCGAUUCCAUGUACUAGGAACACCAGGGUGUUUUCCUUCUCAAGGAACACUUGGGCGAUUCCAUGUACUAGGAACACCAGGGUGUUUUCCUUCUCAAGGAACACUUGGGCGAUUCCAUGUACUAGGAACACCAGGGUGUUUUCCUUCUCAAGGAACACUUGGGCGAUUCCAUGUACAAGGAACACCAGGGAGAUUUCCUGCGCAAGGAACACUUGGGCGAUUCCAUGUACAAGGAACACCAGGGAGAUUUCCUUCUCAAGGAACACUUGGGCGAUUCCAUGUACAAGGAACACCAGGGAGAUUUCCUGCGCAAGGAACACUUGGGCGAUUCCAUGUACAAGGAACACCAGGGCGUUUUCCUGCGCAAGGAACACUUGGGCGAUUCCAUGUACAAGGAACACCAGGGAGAUUUCCUGCGCAAGGAACACUUGGGCGAUUCCAUGUACUAGGAACACCAGGGUGUUUUCCUUCUCAAGGAACACUUGGGCGAUUCCAUGUACUAGGAACACCAGGGUGUUUUCCUUCUCAAGGAACACUUGGGCGAUUCCAUGUACUAGGAACACCAGGGAGAUUUCCUGCGCAAGGAACACUUGGGCGAUUCCAUGUACAAGGAACACCAGGGAGAUUUCCUUCUCAAGGAACACUUGGGCGAUUCCAUGUACAAGGAACACCAGGGAGAUUUCCUGCGCAAGGAACACUUGGGCGAUUCCAUGUACUAGGAACACCAGGGAGAUUUCCUGCGCAAGGAACACUUGGGCGAUUCCAUGUACUAGGAACACCAGGGAGAUUUCCUGCGCAAGGAACACUUGGGCGAUUCCAUGUACAAGGAACACCAGGGUGUUUUCCUGCGCAAGGAACACUUGGGCGAUUCCAUGUACUAGGAACACCAGGGAGAUUUCCUGCGCAAGGAACACUUGGGCGAUUCCAUGUACAAGGAACACCAGGGAGAUUUCCUGCGCAAGGAACACUUGGGCGAUUCCAUGUACUAGGAACACCAGGGUGUUUUCCUUCUCAAGGAACACUUGGGCGAUUCCAUGUACUAGGAACACCAGGGUGUUUUCCUUCUCAAGGAACACUUGGGCGAUUCCAUGUACAAGGAACACCAGGGAGAUUUCCUUCUCAAGGAACACUUGGGCGAUUCCAUGUACAAGGAACACCAGGGAGAUUUCCUGCGCAAGGAACACUUGGGCGAUUCCAUGUACUAGGAACACCAAGGAGAUUUCUUGCAGAAGAACACAAACGGGAUUUCAUGUACAAGGAUUCCCGAACGAUUUCAUGUACAAGGACACAAGGACGAUUUCAUGUUCAAGGACACAAGGUCGAUUUCAUGUACAAGGACACCAGGACGAUUUCAUGUACAAGGACACAAGGGGGAUUUCAUGUUCAAGGACACAAGGUCGAUUUCAUGUUCAAGGACACAAGGUCGAUUUCAUGUACAAGGACACAAGGUCGAUUUCAUGUACAAGGACACCAGGUCGAUUUCAUGUACAAGGACACCAGGACGAUUUCAUGUUCAAGGACACCAGGUCGAUUUCAUGUACAAGGAAACAAGGACGAUUUCAUGUGCAAGGAACAGUAG